UUCUUCAGGUGAGGACCAACACGACUCCUCCAUAGCACUGAGGAGGGUGAGGCAGCACCAGUACCGCCUCCUUCACUAGCACACUGGGAGGUGAUGGGUCGGUGGUGGGGGUGAGGGGGCGGUAUAGGGUGUGGGGCAGGAUGAGCCUUCCCCGGGACGUGCCCUGAGCCCCAACUGUCGCCCACGCCCGCCCCGCACCUGCCGCCGUCAUGGCUGCUGACAGCGGCGUGCCGGGGCGGCGCUUCUUGUGCCGCGAGUGGGCGUGGGCCAAACUGUGGGCGUGCCUGGAACAGCGGCCUGCAGCCAAGACCUGCGGCGCUCUGCUAGUGGGUGGCCCCGGCACAGGCAAGACCGCCCUCUGUACUGAGCUGGUGAUGCCCUCCGCCUCACAUGGCCGCCAUGCUACCGCCCUGCAGGCCCGCCUGAUGGCACAUCACUUCUGUCACGCUCACAAUGCUGCCUCCCUCAGCGUAGGCUGUUUCAUCCACUCCCUAGUGACGCAGCUGGAGCAGUCGCCCCUCAUUGCCGGGUAUGGCACCAAGGCAGGUGAGGCCGAGGUACGCGCUGCCCUUGAACCAUGUGCUCUCCACGCCAACCCGGACGAAGCUUUCCGCCGAGCUGUACUCUUUCCCCUGCUGGAACUUGACCCUCCAGAUCGCACCCUCCUCUUGGUGGUGGACAGUAUAGAUGAGACUGACCUGCAACCAUCAUUAACAGCCACCCCACGUGAUGGUAAUAAUGCUGAAGUGGGUAACAACGGGCCCUCGCGGACCAUCGCUGAGUUACUGGCCACACACCACCACCUGCUGCCUCAGUGGCUACUGCUGCUGGUAACAGCUCGCCGGGGCUCCCGCACUAUCAUCAGACAGUUUGCUGGGUUUAGAAAGGUUGCUCUGGAUGACCUCCGUCGUGGUCAUGUGGUGCGUGACGUGCAGCAGUAUAUCCUGUGUCGCCUUGACCGGGAGCCCGCCCUCAGGCAUCAUCUCUCCCGGGAGACUGCCGAGAUGCUCAACCAACUCCACAUCAAGAGCAAUGGUUGUUUUCUGUACCUGGAACGUGUAUUGGACGGUGUGGCCGAGGCUUGGGUCACGCUCCGUGAGAUCAGACACAUCCCCGGCACUUUAAAUGGUCUUUACUUGUGGCUGUGUCAGAGGCUGUAUCCUCGGAGACACUUCCAGCGUGUAGUGCCCUUGUUGUCCGUCAUCCUUGCCGCCCGCGCACCCCUCACCAAGGAGGAGCUGCGGCUGGCUGUGGAAACACGUAUUCCUUCACUGACAGAUGAAGACUGGGGCAAGCGGUGGUCUCUCCUCACCCGUGUUCUUGCGGUGGAACACGAUCAGCGGGUUCUCCUCUUUCACCACAGCUUCGCUGAGUGGCUGCUGGACGUCAAACAUUGCACUCAAAAGUACUUGGUUGAUGUGGGUGAUGGCCAUGCCAUGCUGGCCAUGCGUCUCUCCAUUGAUGCUCCCACCUUGACAGUGACACAAGUGCACCAGUUGGCGCUCCACCUGUCACGUAUCCACCUAGAAGCUCCACUCGAGCAGUUCCAUCUUCCGCUCUGGAUGGUCUCGUGUGGUGUCCCUCUUGACAUCUGCCAAGAUCUGCCACCACCCAGGGACCCUCGCGCCCUCAAAAUUCUUCAGGAAGCUGGUGCCACCCUGCCUGACGAUCAGCCACAGGAUGACGAUGACGAAGAUGAGGACGAAGAUGAUGACGAGGAAGAUGAAGAAGAUGAAGUAGAGGAAGGUGGAGAGGAGGAAGGACCCGCUACUGAUAUUAGAUAUGAGGAACUGGAGCAGGAAGAAGAAGUCGAGGAUGGAGAACAUGAAGAUGGUGAAAUGCAGGACAAAUCGGCCCCGGAUGAGGAAGCUGAGGGGCAAGUGCAUCAAGAUGAGAGUGAUAAAAUAUCUGGUGAUGUUGAUAAUAUUCAUAUUAAAGAAAAAUCUGUUGAGGAAGACAAAGAAAAAGACGAUGAGGAGGAGAAAGUGAAACUGGAAUUGAAACCGAUACAUGAAAAGAGUGAAAAUGAUGAAAAUGAAAAAGAUGAAAAUAAAAAAGAUGAAAAUGAAAAAGAUGAGGAAUAUGUGACUAUGGUGCCUCUCCCCGGGGAGUUUGUCAAUGGUAGUACAGGGGGGAGGCGCAGUAAUGAAGGGGGUGUCAGUACAGGUGGCCGACAGAGUACAGGAGGUCGUCAGAGCACUAGUGGCCGACAAAGUACUGGUGGUCGUCAGAGUACUGGUGGUCGUCAGAGUACUGGUGGUCGUCAGAGCACAGGGGGACGGCAGAGCACAGGUGGACGCCAUAGCAGUACUGGGGGGCGCCACAGCAGCGAGCACAGCAGUAGUAGUAGCCGACGACGGGAGCGGCGCAGAAGGCGGCACCGUGAGGAUCCCUUAUAUCCCUAUCUCCGAGGAGGUCCAGUUGACCAGGUAGAUAGUGCCGGUCGCUCUCUGCUGCACAGUGCUUCCCAUCAGGGCGAUGCAUCACUAGUGCGCCUGCUGCUGGAACGAGGUGCAUUCCAUGGUCUCCAAGAUAGAGCUGGACAGACUCCCCUAAACCUGGCAGCACGCCAUGGUCAUGCUGAGGUGGUAGCUGUCUUAUUAGCUGCAGGUGCUGACCCUGACCAUGCUGAUGCUGAUGGAUGGACGGCCCUUAGAUCAGCAGCAUGGGGUGGCCAUAGUGGAGUGGUGAAUGCCCUCCUAGCAGGUGGCACUCAGGUGGACCUCGCUGAUGGAGAUGGUCGCACUGCAUUAAGAGCUGCCGCUUGGGGUGGUCACGAGGAUGUGGUGUCAUCACUCUUGCAUCACGGAGCUGCAGUUAAUAGAGCAGACAGUGAGGGCCGCACGCCACUCAUUGCUGCUGCUUAUAUGGGACACUCUGAGAUAGUGGAAUCUCUACUGGAAGCUGGUGCAGACGUGAAUCAUGAGGAUGUUGAUGGGAGGACAGCACUGAGUGUAGCAGCACUGUGUGUACCGGCCAGUGAAGGCCACACCAGCGUGGUUACCACACUCCUAGAGUUAGGUGCCAAGGUCAACCACCAAGACCAUGACGGCUUAACACCCCUCCUUGUUGCAGCAUUCGAAGGUCACACCGAGGUAUGUGAAUUGCUACUAGAGUAUGAAGGGGAUGUUGACCAUGUGGAUCGCUCUGGCCGAACUCCUCUGUUGGCUGCAGCAUCCAUGGGGCACGCUGCUGUAGUGGAGCGCCUGCUCUUCUGGGGCUGCUAUGUAGACCAUAUAGAUGCUGAGGGACGAACUGUCCUCAGUGUUGCUGCUGCCCAGGGAUCACAGGAGACAGUGCGGCUACUUCUAGACAGAGGUUUAGAUGAAACUCAUCGGGAUAAUGCAGGUUGGACGCCGUUGCAUUAUGCAGCAUUUGAAGGUCAUUGUGGGGUGUGUGAAGCCCUCCUGGAAGCUGGUGCACGUGUUAAUGAAGUAGAUAAUGAUGGUAAACAUGCAUUAGUGUUGGCCGCACAAGAGGGCCACACUGCUGUGGUUGCAGCUCUUUUAGAUGCUGGGGCAGAUAUUCACCACACUAGUCAUGAUGGACGAUCUGCUCUACGUGUAGCAGCACUUGAGGGGCAUAAGGAUGUUGUGCAUCUUCUUCUCUGUCGAAGUGCUGACCUUCACUACAAAGAUGCUGAUGGUCGCUCAACGCUUUACCUCCUUGCCCUUGAAAAUCGUCUUGAUAUGGCAAAAUUUUUAAUGGAGAAUAAUGCAGAUGUUGAGAGUACAGACCUAGAAGGCCGUACGCCUCUCCAUGUAACAGCAUGGCAGGGUCACACCCGUAUGGUGGCUCUAUUACUAGAUGGGGGUGCUCAUGUUGAUGCUGUGGAUAGAGAACGCCGGACACCGUUACAGAGUGCCGCUUGGCAAGGCCAUGCAGAGGUAGUGAGAUUGUUGCUAGAACGUGGUGCCACAGUAGAUCACACUUGCUCACAAGGUGCUACAGCUUUGAGCAUUGCAGCACAAGAGGGACACGAAGAGAGUGUUGCAGCUCUUCUUCAAUAUGGUGCAAACCCAGCACAUUCUGAUCGUUGUGGUCGAACUGCAAUUAAAGUGGCCUUGAAAGGUGGUCAUAUUCAUCUUGCUCGCAUGCUAGAGGAGAGCAUGGCGGUGCAUGGUGGUGCUUCACGGGGAAUGGCAGCCUCUUCAUCAGUAGGCUCAGGAUCAACUGCAGAAACAAAACCUUGCUCAGCAUUAUUGUGUCCAGGCCUAGCAGCUUCACCAGCUGAAUCUCCAGAAUCUACCUUUGAGAAACGCCGCUCAGUUGCCUCUCUUGGACAACACUCUUCUUCCAAGUCUUCAGGCAAUCUCACUACCUCGACUCGCUCUUCGGGUGGCCCCAGAGCUCCCACACCCCGUGAGGCUCAUGCUCAUCUUCUUCUCCAGCACCAGCAACAACCACCACCACCACCUGCACCUUCUGCACCACCAGCAUCUGCCAUGUCUCCAGUCCUCAGUUUUACACAGCAGCUUCAACAGUGUGGUCGUGGACGUGGUCGGCGCCAUCCCCCGCCACCCCAACCAGCGCUCACUCCUUUAGAUGAACCAGCUUCACCAAUUUAUGCCUCUCCACCACUAUCACCACUGAGUGAUGGUCCUGGUGGAGGACGACAUUUACCAGCUGGAGCCAUUUUAGAAGAUGACUACACUGUUCCAAUUCAGCACCCAGCAGGACGAGCACCAAGACCAUCUGCCCCCCCUGUCAAUAUUACACCAGAGAUUGGUCGCCGUGUAGGUGUUCCAGGCCUGGGAAACAUACCAAGUAUGGGUGUCAGUGUCCCAGGAGUACCUGGAGCUGGAUCACCAGGCUCCUCUGGCUUUACCUUUACCCAGGACCAACAUAUGCGCAUUAUCCUGGGUACUCGAUCUCCUGAGCCACGCCCACGUCGCAAUGGAAUAGUGACCAACCCAAGCCUUAAGGCUGCCCAUGCCAAGGCCGCUCACCUUCUAAGGAACGGUUUAAGUGGCCGCCCAAGACCACCACCAGCCAGACCUAAUGGUCUCCCGCUCAAGAAAGAAACUCCACUAUGACCAAAGAUGAAAACAGAUUGCGGUAACCCCCUACCAUGGCACCAAGGAUACAACUGAAGAUGCCAACUGUCACAAAACAUAGCCACUUCUCAACAAAAAACACAUAUAUCUUCGUGUUCUGUGGUGUCCUUUAAGCUGACCUCCUUGCAGCACAUAUUUGAAUAAAUGGAAAGUUGUGGCAAAGAAGGAAACCACAAAAGAUAUACAACUACUACAGGUACAGUGAAGGAAGAAGAAUUAGAAAACACACAUUAUGACGUAUACAAAUGUACUGACACCAAAAGAUGUUCCAGAUAUAUAUGUAUGAUAUAUCUGUAAUGAUGGUGAUGCAAACAAAAAAAGAAAUGUUUACUGUGUUCAGGUUUCCUUUAGCAAUGGUAAUAUGACUGUUGAGUGUUAUAUACAAGUUUAAUAUGUUAAGUGACAGCAUUGGCAUCUUCAACUGCCUGGGUAGUGUGAAGUUUGAGAAAAUCUGGCAAGAAAAUAUUUCAGUGAGCAAACCUCAAAAGUUUAUCUUGUUUGCAAGAAAAAGUCAGUCAACCUAUUUGGUGACUUUAAACUGAGAUUAGUGACAUUACUUUUACAGGGAAAUUAAUCAAGCUUUUGAAGGUUAUUUUAAGAUAGCCAUUAAUGCUGUAUAUGGACCAAGAGGAAAAUUUUGGGUUCAGUUCUGUUAUAUUUAACUUGAUUACCUUGUGCAAACACAACUUUUACUUUUCGUGGCACAUUACCGUCCCUGGUGCCAAGUUAAUAACAGAACUCGAGCAGUGUUUUAACGGCUAAGCUGAGACCCCCCACACCAAAGUCUGCAAGGCUGUCAGUAUGGGAGCUUGGAACCCAGGCUAAUAAGUGACUGCUUUAGGCACUUUUUUUUUUAUAAAGAAUACAUUACUGUACAGUACUACUAUUGUUCUCUUAUGAGUCUUGACAGUUAUCAACUUGUAUGUCAAGUCAGUUUUUUCCGAUGGAAUAUAUAACACUUGACUUAUAAUGAGUUAUACACAUAGUCUCUGUUCUCAAGUACAGUAUUUAAUAUUUUCGUUUUCCCCUGUAUUGUGAUAAUUUUUCCCUAUAUUCAUGAGUAUUGGGAUUUUCUCUUAUUAAAUGUGGGUCCCAAACUGCCAUAUGAACAUGUCAAAGUAUGUUUUAUUGCUGUUGUAUCCUAUGUGUAUAUAGCGGUGCCCUGUACUAGUCGUGUAGUUCGCUGUGUUGUACUACUCAUGUGCAAAUGUAAAAAGUGUCCUCACCUUGCACAUGUACAGAUUAGCAAUGUAAACCUUAAUAAACAUUUACAGUGUGUGAUGUAAUAAUGUACAGCUCCAUAACUGUAUCAUUUACUCCUGGUCAUUGAGCAGUUAUUGGUUGGUAUCCAAUAUGAUGUGAGAAUACUUUUGUUGGAUGCACUUAUCAACACUGAUUUACUGGCUCCUGAUGCUUCUGCAUUAAAGAGGGAGUCACUCUAACUCAGCAAGAAAGCAAUAGAGUAUUUUAAUUCACUUUACCACAUGCUUAACAGGUUUAGCCAUAGUUGGUCCUUCAUGCUUUUGCCUUUAUUAUCUUAUCUUCAAAAGUAUGUUACAAUUUUAUUUUGAGGUACUUUGUUUUUGGACGUAUGAUUAUCAGUAAAAUGCACAGCUGCUCUGUAUUCUCUUAUAAGCUUGCAUAAAAAAUCAGCCAGGUGUUAAUUUUAGUUAAUACAAACUAUCGGCAUACUGAAAAUGCAUUAAAGUAUCACCCGCACUUUUUUAUAUUCAAGAAUUAUUUUAUGUUUCUAUAAUGUAUUUUCACAUAUAUGAGUGUCAGUAAACUAUACAGUUAAUAUUACAACAUAUCCAGUUUAUUGAUAAGUGUGUUGGGAGGAAACAACUUGACCUCAGUGACUUUCCUGAGAACUGUAUAACCCUCAGGUAUUGUUAAUACACAUGAUGUUGAUAAACAAGUACGUAGUUUGACCUAUUGGACAGAAGUAUGAGAACACUAUAAUGUAAUUAAAGUAUUGUAAUACUACUUAAGUAUUAAUGAACGUUUAUGUUACUCCUCAGAAAUUUUUAAUUAUACUUGAAGAACAACCAAUGAAGCAUAUAAUACAGUACACAUACUUCUGCAAUUGAUUAUUUCUAAUAUUAAUAUUAUACAAAUAUAUUGUAAUGGCAUACCUUAAAACCCCUAGGAAGUGAAUAACAUAGGGCUCGAGCUGUGUGUACCAUAUGACUUUGUAUUUGAUGCUUGGGCAGUCUUUUUCUUGAUAUUUAAUAAUCUGCACAGUUUUAUAUAGUGUUGCUGAAGUGCUAUCAGUAGGUGAAGGAAGUACAUGUUGAAAGAACCAGCUUGGUAUGUGUUGAUGAGGAUAGUAUAAAAUCAUCAUGAUUAAGUUGAUGAAAAUGUAUACAAUCAAUGUGUUUGAAGUAACAAAUAUAUCUGGAACUAGUAAAACUAUUGAGGUAGUAUAUGUCUAGAACCAUUAUGGCUAAACUGCUGAAAAAUGCCUAUAACCAGCAUGACUAAAUAUGCUAAAAACUUGCAUAGAGCCAGUUAGAAAAAUUUAACAGUAAAUGUGAGGGAUCAAUAUGACUGAGAUUAUGAAAACUGCUUAGAACCAACAUGAUGUAUAAUUUUUUUACAAAUAACAUUAAUUAAUACAUGAACAAAAAUGCCUAGACCCAGAAUGACUCGUGUAAUAAUAAGUGUCCAAUACCAAUGUGACUAAAAGGAUAAAAUAUUUCAUGAAAAAAGCUGAAUUUCUUUUUAAUUUAAGAUUGGGGAUGAUAACACUGGUGACAUGGUGGAAAUUACCCAUUUUUGUUGGUAUAAAAGAUUCUUUAUAAUGUUCUCUCUCUAAUUUUAUUUGUAUACCUUUUGAUAUACUGUACGUAUCUGUGAAUGAAUUUUGAAUGCAUAGAAGACACAACACACUAAUGGGAAAUGAUUGACAGAUACAGGCCUAAGAAUUUCCAUCAGGUCGUGGGCUUCUAACAUCUUCAUAGCAGCUUGGUUAUUCUUGAGGUUAGUGCAAAUCCAAUGUUAAACAUUGGGAGUGGCAGGCAAGGGUGUGACCUGACAGUCACAUACAUAAGAAUUUCUAAAGAUAAUUUAACAUUAUCGGAAUGGAUGGAAACCCUACAUGUGAGCCAUCACCAGGGCAGAGUAAUUAUUGAACUAGUUGAUGCUGUUACUAUACUUAAAAUUACUGUAAUGUAGUCACCACUGGAGACUGUCUCAUGCCAUUGUUUUCUUUAACUUCUGAAAAACCACAUAAUUUUCUUUAAACUUCAAGGAACCUUAUUACCAUUGCAAUAAUUAGUCAAUUUUGGAGUUAUUUUGAAGGACACACAGAGACAGGACCAAAAAUAAUACCAUGAAGUGCAGUGUAGGCAGGUAAAAAUAGUUAAAUAUAUAGGAGAAAGAGAUAUAUGUCACCAGCCCAACCAAAACUAACAUACAAUUUACCCUCCUUUAGAUCCAAUAUGGACAGUAAUGCAGGAACAUAAUGCAUUAAGAGCAUUGAAUACUGAAAAAUAGGAGAAAGCAAUUGUUUACUUUGCUCACGGACAUGAAUUGUCUCACCCUCAAGACCAGUUGCAGGUGAAUAAAGGGCCUGGGGAAGUUAGCUAAACUCCUUAUAUCUCAACAAUAAUAAGACUUCAGUUUAUAAGUAGGUACUUGGUGUGGCGUCAUCUUCCAAGUGCAUUUAUGUGGCCAUGACUUGGGUGCUUAUUUAUUUUUGUAAUAUGCUUUAUAUCAGUACCGUAUGUGUGUCAUUAAUUUUGAUGUCGAUGAAUUAAAGAAGUUGCUUAUUUGUUUAUUACUGUAGUGAUUUGCUCUCAACUGUUGACAGUAAUCUUGUAAUAGAGCUUUUUUUUUUUACUGAAUGGAAAAUGGAAUGUACAGUACUCGUACAAUUUUGCAUGUUUAUAGGCAUAAAUAUUACCUCUCCUAGCUGUACUAUACAUUGUCACAGGGUGUCUUUUUAUUGAAAUCUUCCUGCGAAUCUCUAUUUGUUGUAAAAAUUUGGUCCACAAAAUUUUUUUGCAUUUGUGUUAAUACUUGUUUAAAAAACACAUAAUGUAUAAUCAUUUACCAAAAAACAAUAACUUAUUAUUAGAAUAUCUAUUAUAUACUGUACCUUGUAAUAACCAGCUACAUCGUCAUAGAAACCUGAACUUGUUUACUCAAUACAGGACUUAAAAUUUAAUAUAAACUCAUUGUUACCUUUGUUUUUAUAAAAGCUCGGUUCUAAAUAAAUAUUUAAACCCACAAAUAAGCUGGUAAAAUUAUUAAAUUAAAUUUAUAGAAUAUAAAGAGCAAAAUGGAUAUUGCCAUACUUUGUUAAAGUAAAAUGUAUACAGUACUUUUUUACUUUAGAAUUCCAGAACUUCCCUCUUACCUGAAGUUAAAUAAGUCAUCUCUAGGUGUCCUGAAACAGGCAGCUUGACCUCUGCUUCAACUUUCUACACACAGUUUUGUCUUUCUUAUCAAAACCUUAGUGCCAUUUUCCAUUGUCAGUCUUGGCUAUCCAGUUGGAAUUCAUUACAGUUUCCUGCACUGAAUCAGCAUGGAUAAAUGUCAGGCCAUUCCAAAAAUCUUCAUCUGUCAAAGUUUUAUCUUCAAAUUUAUUGGUGUGAUUUGUCAAAUUGAGUCAUAUAUCUCAGUACUGUACCAGAGAUUUAAUGAUACUUUCAACUAAAAUCUUGACCAUUGAGGUGGAAUGAAAUGGACAGUCAGUUCAACUCCCUCAUAAAUUUUAAGAAAUGAACCAAGAAAAUUCUUUGAAACUUGAGCCAAUGAUUGUCAUCAUUUCUUUAAACUGAAUUAUAUACAAUAUUUACUGUACUAAUCAAAUGUAAGAAACUGGGGAGAACUGUGUAGCCUUAUCAUUUACUGUACAGAAAUACAAUAGACAGAAAUCAUAGCAUUUGAGAUUUAAUGGUUAGAACACUUGUACAGUUUAUAGGCAAAACAAUUUGUACCUUAUGUGGGUCAAAACAAGCUAACUAGAAAACUCAUGGAGUAGGCUAUAUACUGACAAAAAUAGUGGCAGUGCAACUACAGUAUAUGUACAGUAUAGCUUCAAUGCCAAGCAUCGGUGAUUUUUUUGUUUUUUACACCUUUGUUUUGAUAACUUUACAAUAAAACAUAUUGCUGUUACUCUUAGCAUGUCAACAUAUACAAUACUAUGGGUGUUUCUGACUUCAAUAGUGGGUUACAAAUACACCAAUUGCCUGUUAUUUCUUGUGAGUUUUGUGAACUCCAACAUUUCACAAUGGCUUGGGUGGAACUAAUUUACCUCACAUAUUAAACAUCUCCGUACAUCAUCACACAAACCGUUUAAAUACUGUAUUAGUCUUUCAUAAAUAAGUACCAAUAAGUUCCAUGGGAACUAUAAGAGUGAAAAAUAAAUUUUUGCAUUCUGUAAUUUAAUACAAUACAUUUAAAUUUUCUUUCUGCUCAUUACACCUUCCUUCCUUUGUUCCUGUGAGGCUAAAAUUUUAUUUGGAUAACAUCUGCCAAACCACCUUAGAAAAAGACACCCUGCUUUAUCAGAACUCAUUGUCUUCUAACCUAAACCCUGUAAGGGGGCCUAGGCUGGCCCCGUGGACUCUUAUUAUUUCAGGUUUUUCCAUAUUUGCUCUUUUCAGGUAAACCUAUAGGGUGUUAGAGGAAGGGCAGUGGAGACUGUCAGAAUUAUAGUUCAUUUACUUGUCUUAUCUUUUAAGCCACAUUAAGUUUGAGGUUUAAAAGAAAGAUUGUGUUCUGUAGACAGACUUUCCUGCGAUGGUGCUUGGUGGCGAGAUAGGUGCUCAUCCCCAGAUUCUUCAAUUUCAUCAAAACCACAUAAGAAAUGAAUUCUUGUAAACAUUGUGAAAAUGGCACCAGAAUGGAAAGGUGAAUUGGAUUUCCCAGUUGGAAUAAAAAACACAUGUGUUAUUACACUUGAUUAAUGUCUGUGCCUGGUGGAAGUAGAUGGUCCCUUUUUGUGUGGGUGAACAGAAAACUUGUAAAUCAGUAUUUUUGUAAUUUUAAAGAUUUUUUUUGCUUUCAUAUUGGUUUUCUAUUUCAAUAUUUAAUGUAUUUUAGCACAACUUAAUUUCUUAACAAGGGAACACCAAGUACAGUAUGUUAUAAAUGAAAGAUAUGCAGAACAUCACCUUCCCCAAGAUCCUUACUAAGCAGUGAAUACCCCCUUUCUUUUCAAAGUUUUUACUCAAUGCCAAUAUUGGUCAAUACUGUAUUAUAUGUUAUAUGACCUAAAUAAAUAAAUAUGUAGUAUAAUUAAAAAAUAUGCAAAUUGUUAAGAGUACUGCACUGUACCCUAUUUCUGAAUUAUUUUAAGUUUGUCACAUUGGUCUUUAUUAUUUAUCUAUUUACAUCAGUACGUAUAACCAAUCUUCACAAUCAGAAACUCACUGUUAUCUAUACAUGUUUAGAAGACGUGUAUCAGUUGUUAGUCAGGUGGGAGUUGUAACAUCUCAUGAUCUCCAACCUUCCAGCAUCAAAGAUCUGGGAGAAUUGUUUCAAAUAUUUACAGAAGUUUUUCAUGUUAGUUUGGCUGUCACAUUUUAAUAACAUUGUUAUACAUUUACCAGCUGCAUGAACACAGGAAAUGAUAAGGUGUUAUGAGACUAUGAGGGAGUAAAUUCUCAAGUGUGAAUGAGAUUUAGGUAUGUAUAUGAAGGACAGGGUGGGAUUUACAAACGUUUUGCUGACUUCAACCUCAGUCGGAUCUGAUUGUGACCAAAGAAAAUACAUUAAUGAAGGCAGUGAGAAAGAAUAAUCAAUAUACAUCCUUCAGAAUUGUUUCCAUGGGUGUCCAAAGUUAACCAGUUAUAAUACCUUGCUGAGCAUAUCAUAGUGUUAAUAUUUAAUGAGAAACUAUCUCUUGCAGAAUAGUGAAAUGGUGUCACCUCAUUCAUUGCCUCAACUUUUCUGAAAUGACAUCUAUUUUUCAGAAUAACUGUACAGUAUUGUACAGUACUGCACUGUAUUUUGAUUACAGAAGGUUCAUGGAGACUUUCUUGAAUACUUUAUUCAACUUUACAUUACAGCUUGAGAGAUCUUUUUUAAUGCUUAAAACAUUGCAGUAGAAAUUUUGUAAGUUGGUUUGAUUAUUAAAACAACAGUUGCAUGUUGUUUAAACCAAUAAGAAAAGUUAAUAUGAUGUAUGGAAGAGUUUGACAGUUUCUUUAAGAAGUACAUUACCUAGCACUGUACUGUACCACACAUGAAAACAUGAAAGAAGGAAAGUUAACUAAGAGAUUAUUUACCACUGUUAGGUAGCCUGGAAUUUGGGAAUGUGUAGUUGAUACUCCAAGUUGGACUACUGUUUGCUGUGUAAUGGGAGAAUGAUGGCCAAAAGUAGGAGCCUCAUCCUGUUGACAGCCCCAGCACUCCUCACACUAUAGUGCUUCCAUGGCCAACUGAAUCCAAUCAAUCUACUAAUUACAGGUUUUCAUAUUACAUACAGUAUUUUACUUAAUAUAAUUCAUUUCUGUAUUUGUUAAAAGUAAUUAUUUACUAUGACUUUUCUUAACUACUCAGCACCAACCAGAAAACAACUGAUCAAUGUACUGUACCAAGGUCCGUAUCAUUUGGAGAUGUGUUCUUUUUUGUAUCUCCCACACACACAAAUUUUAAUAUGUUACUGAAAACUGACAGGGCUAUGAGUAACUGGACUCACUAUAUGUCAUGAUAACCCAAGUAAUAAUUAUGAUAUUCAAUUUACAUUAUUACCAUAGUUGACUUUGUAUGAAAUGUCAAACCCAGAGUUCCCCCUCAUGUCAACCUAACAGCUGUUGGUUAACAUCUGAUAUCCAUGCUCCAUAAGUGCAUUUCGUGAGGUAAAUUCACAUAAAGUUCACAUGAACUUCGUUUUAAUAUAAAAAUGCUGAAUUUUAUGCUAUGGAAGUGUAUUUACGUAAGUAGUUUUGCUGUACAGAUUUCCCUUGUAUUUAUUUUGUACACUUUUGUAUUUAAGUAUUGCUUUGUAUCCUACAUGUUAAAUGUAGUAGUUAGCGUUAGCUUAUCUUUGGAAGUUGAGGCCAGCUUUAAUAUCUUUAUGUUAUGGUCUGUGAGUGAUCAUGAACCCAAUUUGACUGCUGAGUCCAGACAAUUGGCUAUGAGGCUUAGGGGAAUGCAUUGUGUUGAGAUACUGAAUUACACCGUUUCUUUAGUACUCAUAGUCUGAAUGACCACAUGGCAUACAAUACAAUGUUGCUCUCUCAUUGAAACUUUGUGCAAAUUAUGUUUUAACAACAUAUUCUACAUUAUCAAAUAAGUGGGUAACUGUGUACUUAGGCAGUCCUUACUAUUGAUUCAUUCAUUUACUGAUAAUGAAGAUACAGUACAGUAUAUGAUAAAUAGUCUUCACAUUCAAUCUCCAUGGACAUGAAGUAUCAUCCUUUGUAUCUUUGCACUAAAUGCUGGGGUUCAUUGCUAUAAAAUGCUCAAGCUUCUUAUUUAAGCACAUUACAUGAUUAUAGUUUUGGUGGGAAAAUGGGUACACAACCAUCUUUUUUCAGGUGGGUUAUACUAGGAGUUUUGGUACUUGUUGAAAAUAGUAAUACUGUGUACUUAAUAAAUUUAUGACAAAAUAUUUUCAUACUCAUGAAUAUAAUUUCUUUUUCAUCAAAUUAAGUUUCUAAAUUAAUGAGUACAGUAUUUUCCAUCAUAAGUAAAAUUUUUAUAAAUAUUGCAUGACACACACACACACACACACACACACACACACACACACACUCCAUGUUGUGUUUCUAAGUUUCACAAAAGAAAAAAAAAUAUUUUAGGAAAUUAUUUUCUGUUUAUGAAAAUAAAAUUUUAUUUACUCGUCUGAUAUUUUUUGUCAUAUAAUUGUAUUAAGCAUGCAUUGUUAUUCCUAACAAGAUUUUCAUGUAGUAUGUAUAAUUUUUUAUUGUUGACAUCAAAUGAGAGCAAAGCAGUUUAUUUUCACAAUACACAUGUGAUGGCUAUAUUUUAUCUUCAAUUUGAAAGAGACUGUGCAUUCUUUCAGGAUGCUGAAUACUCAACUGUUUGGAUUUUUUUUCGUUUAUUCUGAUAGUAAUGUCACAAGUAAAUCACAUUUAUUACAUCGAUAAAAUAAAAUGAAGAUUUGUUCUGUUAUCAAAGUUCAUUAACUAUAUAGGUUCAUUAGUGUAUAGGAGUGAAUGUCUGAUCUCAAAAUGACAAAUGCCAAAAAUAAGGGGGUUAACUCUGAUGAUUUUGCAGGGUAACUAAGAUAUUUUUGUAGUCAUAAUACUGUGAAGUGUAAUUUGUUAUCUUUAUAAAUUAAAACAUUAUUCAGAGUCAUCUUUAAACUGUUUGGUUUCUAUAACAUGCACUCAUUUAUGCAGUGAUAAUAUUAAAAGCCUUAGUACAGUAAUGUCUCUUUGUUUAUGUACCCUAUGGCUGUAAUCCUGUUUAACAAUACACUAUAUUGUAUAUUGUUAGGCAUUACUUGAUGUAAUUCCAAGAAAGAGUAAAUAUACAAUAAUCCUGUUGGC